CUGUAACAAGUGACUGGAUUCUUCGAGACGAUUUCGUUUCCUUAUGUCCUGUACUAUUUCGAACAAAGAAUCCGGGGAGUAAACUCUAUAUAACUCGAAGAUCAGGCUAACUGUUUCUGCUGCACGGUGGUUCUGUCGCGUGUACAAUGCGGGUCUGCUCGUGGGUGCGACUCCACUAUGUCGGCUCCUUCGGGAUGUACAAGCACAGGUUGCAGUUAGGGGUCCGGUACGCGCCCCGCUUCUCGAGUUACUGAUUCAACGAGGCGAGCAUGGGGACGUGGUGACAUUUCGAGGCGUGCGCUGUAUGCAAUCGUCCCGAAUGUAUAAAGGAUUUGCGACGUCUCCGGAAGAGAAAAGCUUGGUACAGCGGUCGAGGCUACACUCUUUUGCCUCGUGGAAACAGCUAUCUUGAAGUAAUACAUUCGUUCUGUUGUUUGAUACUGCCAUUUCGCUGGACAGUCUCCAUUCGCUUCGUUUUUGGUUUCCGCGUUUAUAUCUCUUCGAUAUGAGAUCACCGACAUGGGCGUUACUGCUUGCAAGCAGUGCGCUUGUUUCCGCCGACGUAACGACCGAUAAACAAACAGCCGCCUCGUGGGAGGAGAGCGGAACCUGCGCCUACUACUUCGACAACUUCGGGAAGCAAAGUCCUCUGACGGAGACCUGUGUCAAAUACUGCGAAGGGCAAAACGACCACGGCUAUGCCCAGUGCGACGUCGCUGCCUACAAAGACAUUGACAUACCCAAUGAAAACAGUCUAUCGAUUCUCAAAGACGAGGAUGGCGACUCGUUUGUGCCGUGCAGUUGUAUUUGCGAGAACGCAGAUGCGGAGAAGCUCAUUCAAGAACUCCUGGAUACUGUCAUCAAGGGCUUGGAAAAGCUGGAUGAAGUCAUCUGUGCUGUGACCGUUGAGACCUUCAAGACUAUCGCCGAGGUGGGCAUGGACUUUAUUCCAGGCACCAUUGAAUUGAAAGCAGCGGCACGUCUCGUCAAGGGUGCAAAGUCCUUUGUCGAGAAUGGGCUGGAUGCUGCAAGCUACUUCGACAACUGGGUUGGCAAGGCCUGCGGGAUUCCCGAGUGGAACUUCGACAUCACUGAUAUGUUUGGUGACCUUUCGGGAGCACCGAAUUCUCUGGGUACUAGCAUCGGAUGCAAGAAGAAGAACAAGUCUAGCUGCAAAAAAAUGGAUCCCGUCCCUGACCCACCCAAGUCGAAGAAGCCAGAGAAGCCGUCGCAAACCGACAAAGAGCCCCCCAAGGAAGAUGCACCGCCCGCCAGCAAAUCCCCCGAUAAGCCAGCUUCGAAAUCGUCCUCGAGCCCGGCUCCUACUAGCUCCGGUUCCGACUCUUGCAAGAGGGAUUCAGGGUGCAGAGACACUACGCCAUGCAGCAUCAAGUAUCCGGAUAAAGGUGGGGAUCUCGAAGGUGCUGUCGACCUCAUUGGGCUUUUCCAACGGGACAUCAGUCCCGCCAGCCAGAAUCGUAGCCCUCGACGCGCCUUGCUGGAAGACCGAUCGAUUGAGAAACGGACGGACAGAAAAUCUGGAAAGCCCUGUUCCAAGAGUCCCGGAAACGAGAAGUUUGUUCUGCAAAGCGACCCGUUUGACCAGAAUGGCGAACUUGAUGAUAACGUCGACUCGUACGGCUACUCGAAGCAAAACGACUACUGCGACUGGAGCUGGCAGGGCGGCACCGUCCAAAUCAAGGGCAACAAGUACCACAGCGAGCACGUCAUGGAAUGGCAGACGGUGACGGAUUUCUGGGCCAAGAUGCAGAUCAAGUUCGGGACCACGCAAUUCGACUCGCCGGACCCGUCGAAUCCAGGCCAGGUCGACUUUUGCACAUACUGGAUCAACUCAUGGGGUCGAGACGACAAAGCCAUCAAGUUCUCCAUCGACAACGGACCAGACCUCACCCCCUGGCAGCACAUUGCGCGCGCGUACCCAUCCACCAAAGUCCAUCAACAAGAAAUGAUCAGGCUCCAAUCCAACAUCAACGCGCCCGCAAAAGCAAACCUCUUCACCGACACAAUCCCCUUCAUCUGGAACCUAAAAACAAUGCUCACCUACACUAAAACCAACCGCAACAAAGUCCUCGAACGCAUGCGUCUCCUAAUCGGCGCUCGCACUUACCUCCUCUCCCCCAAAGUCUCCACAAUCUUCAAAGACCAAAAGGAACGCAUGGGCGAAAUCAUCGAUAAACUCGACUCCGAGAUGGAGAACCACCCUUAUGUGGGGACGGACGCGGCGGGGAAUCCAGUGACGUACAAAGCGUGGAAGAAACAGGGGCUGCUAGAUGAGUGGAACAAGCACAUGGACAAGAAGUGGGAUGACGCGACGGCGAAAUUCAAGAAGACGAUUGAUAAGUUUGGGAAAGAGUUGAAGAAGGUGCAUUGCGAGAAGAAGAAGGGAAAGAAGAUGAGUAAAGGGGAUAAGGAGUUUUGUGGGCGGUUGGUCGAGGUUAGUAGGCAGUAUAAUGGUGUCUCGACGUUUGCUAGGCCGUGGUAGAAUUACAGGCACAGAACAGUUUACAAAAGAAGUGUGCUUAAUACCCUACAUGUACCAACCCCUCCCCACAUCCCUUAUAAAAUCCCUACACUCUUCUCUCUACUACUCUAAUUCUUCUCCUACGCCUCUAACCUCACUCUAUUGUAUCACCUCCAGAAAGUAUCGCAGAUAUAUUUAUCCGUUAUGU